AUGGAAUCGCCCAAGGGUGACCUGGAAAAAGCAGAAACUGAAGGCACAAACAAAGAAAAGAAGGGUGGAGGGAAAAAUGAAAAAAAAUCAGGAAAUGCGAAAAAAAAUAGAAAAAAAAAUUCUUUAAGAAAAGCAAAAAAAAAGGCAUCCAUAUCUUCGAAGAAUAAUCAAAAGAACAAUAAGAAAAUGUCAAAAAAGAAUCCUGCAAGUACUCCAAAUUCUUUACCCAUUUGCCCUCCUCCCCCUCCUCCUCCACCACCACCCCCUCCUAUAACAAAAGAAAAUGCGGAUAAUUGGAAAUUUAGAAAAAAUACGAACAUGGGGUUACUAACCUCGUGUUCAUCUCUUGGAGGAAUGCCAAACACUAUGUCAGGCCCAGUUCACAAUCCAAGUCAUCAUAUUUUGAGUCAACCUACGUAUCAUCACAACAAUAAUUUAAGUUCACAAACGACAAACCUAAUUACUCCUAUGUAUCCAAGACAUGGUGCUUCUCACAAUCCAAACCCACCAAAUCAUAACCCAAACAUAGGUAUAAAAACAGCCAAUGUUAAUAUGAACUGCAUAUCAAAUAGUAAUAUGCACAUGAAUUCGAACCUCCAACCAAAUUUAUAUUAUAGUAACCCUUCUAAAAAGAAUUAUAAAAUUAAUAAUAUAAUAGAACAGGAAAAUUAUGCACUAACUCCUACAUUGAGAUCGGCUCCACAUCAUCAAAGUAGUACUAAUUCACUUAACAUUAACGUUGAUAAAAGAAAUAUACUAAUAUCCAACAGCUACAUGAAUCAAAGCUCGGAUUAUUCAUAUAUGGACAUGCAACAACAUCAGAAUAACAUCACAAAAAAUAUCACGCAUCCCCCAAGCAUCAAACCAAAUUACGCAAAUAUGUCACUUCCUCCAAAUCCAAACUAUUAUGUGUAUAAGCCCCAGGGAGAUGCAGUUUUAUCCAAGCCACUCCCAAAUGAAAUGAGGAUGAACGAAUACGUAGAGGAUAAACUAAUGUAUGGGAAUUAUCCCAGUAGCAUUGAAGACAGCAAUUUUCCCAAGUAUUUUCAGCCAAGAGGAUUUUCCAAUGAUCCAAACAUGAAUAUGUGGAAUAGCAACAUGAACGGUCCCAUUCCUAGUUCUCAAUACGAUAACAACGUACCAAAUAUGAAAUACCCAAUGUAUGAACAAAACGUUGACAAAAUGAAGUUCAACAAGUACAAAGAUAAAAUGGGAAGAAUGCCAAAUCAGUCCUAUGACAGUAGGCCACACAACAUAAUCGUUACAAAUAUUCCGAAAAAUUUAAAUUCAAGAGAAAUUUUGGAAACGUUCAGAUUUAUGGGAAAUAUUCUUCGAGCAGACAUUAUGUUAACCAGCAAGGGAGAACACUCAGGCUGUGCUUGCCUAACAUUCCCAGAUUUCGAAUCAGCAUCCCUAGCAGCUAGUCGUUAUGAUGGUGGCAUGUUGAACAAUCAGAAAAUAAAGAUAUUUGUAGAAUAA